CUGAACUAGAAAGUUGUAACUACCUUGUUUGCCCUCAGGUAAAGAAAAAAAGACUGAUCAGUUUGAUAUAACAUGAUGUCUGGUCAGAUUUCCCGAUUUGCAACUUGUCUAAAACAAUUUAUAUACAUUAAAUUUGUUCCAUGCAUAGAAAGUAGGUAAAAAUGUUAAAUGUUAAGUUUUUUGUUCUGCUAUUUUAAUAUGUUUUGGUGGAAAUGUGACUGGCGAUGUGUGUAAAUGAACUAUGAGUGUAAGUAAACUGUACAUAUUGACAGGAACAGUUGGAGAAUGUGCAAAGUGAAUGUCAGCAAAAAAUGAAGGAGAGGGAAAUUGUAAUGCUGGAGCUUACAAAGAUGAUGGAGUCUGUCAAAGUCUCUGCAAAGGCAGCUGUGGUGGAGAGUGAGAGGAUGUUCACUGAGCUGAUCACCUACAUUGAGAGAACAGGCUGUACUUUAAGAGAGAUGAUCAAAGCUAAGGAGAAAGCCAUGGUGAAAGAGACUGAAGGACUUCUACAGAUGCUGCGAAAGGACAACACUGAGCUGCAGAUAAUUUACAAUAAUAUUGCACUGCUGACACAAACAGAGGAUCACAUCCAUUUCCUUCAGAACUGCCACUCUUUUAUUACUCCCCUUGGAUUUGUAGAUAUACCUAGCGUUCCUGUUGGUCAUCAGGUGUAUUUUGAGAAAUGUAAAAUGUCCACCUCUACACUGAAAAGGCAGCUACAGGAUAUUUGCUCAGAGGAACUGGUAAACAUCUCUGAAACGGAUACAUCUGAAUAUUUUGGACUACAGGAGUCAAAAGAACCAUACCUGGUCUUUGGCUUGAAGGAAAGCAUGGAGGCUGAGGAUCCAGAGACGAAUGAGCUGUUUGUUCGUAUAGGUGACAUCUUGGAACAGUUGUCUCCUAAGACCUUUCAGCAGUUGAUGGGGAUGGUGACUACGUUUUCAAUUGACACAGAAGACAAACUGAAAGGGAUCGCUGACCUCAUAUUUGAGAGAGCCAUAGCACACCCUGCCCUCUCUGAGGUCUAUGCCAAUAUGUGCCGGUGCAUCAUGGGGCUCAAAGUACCAAAGUCAUGUAAUUCUAAAGAAACUUUGAAUUUUCGUAAAUUGCUGCUGAAUCGAUGUCAAAAGGAGUUUGAGAAUUUUAAGCGCUUUGAAGGACAGGAGAAUGAGCUGGACCACACCAUCAAGGAAAAAUCCCAACGGAGACUGAGUAAGCAGCAAGAGGAGGCCAUGUUCUGCAGACGGUACAUAGGCAUUAUCAAGUUCAUCUGUGAGUUGUUCAGGGUUAAGAUGCUGACAGAGGCUAUCAUCUACAAUUGCAUUCAGAAGUUGUUUAACAAUGGUGAUGAGACAUCCCUCGAGGGUCUGUGCACAUUAUUCUCCAAAAUUGGCAAGGACUUGGACGAUGAUAAGAGGAAGUCUAAAAUGGAUGUGUACUACAGGAAGAUGAAAGUGAUUAUUGAGAGAAGCAGUGCUUCCUCCAGAAUCCUCUACAUGCUGCAAGAUGUGGUGGACCUCCGAAAGCUUCAUGAAGAUGUGCAUUAA